AUGGCUGAGACCAUGGUGGUAGAAGCAGCUCUCUCUGCAAUCUUUCACGCGGUAUUUGAAAGAAUAGCUUCUUCUGGCGUGGUCAACUAUUUCAUGGAAAGGAAACUCAAUGAUGAAUCACUACAAAAGUUGAAGAUGUUCCUGCUGUCUGCUAAUGCUGUGCUCGUUGAUGCGGAGGAGAAGCAAAUUACAAACCCAGCUGUGAAAGAGUGGCUGGACGAGCUUAAUGAUGCUGUUCAUGAUGCAGAAGACCUUCUCGAUGAGAUUGCCUAUGAAGACUUGGAAUAUAAUUUACGAGCAAACUCUCAAACCGGCACUAGUAAGGUAUGGAAUUCCAUCACUGCUUUUAUUUCAUUUGACGAAGGGAUACCAUCUAAGCUAGAAAAGGUUCUGGCAAAAUUAAAAAUUAUAAUAGAACAAAUAGGUGUCCUCCGUCUGAAAGAGGUUGCUAGUGGGGUACCAUUAUCAUCAUCACGAACAACAACUUCUUGCCAAGAAAAAUAUGAUGUGUUGGGUAGAGAUAUGGAUAAAGAAGCGAUAUUUGAGUUGUGGCAAUCAGAUGAUGCAAGUAGCGAUGAGAUAUGUGUUGUGCCCAUAAAGGGUAUGGGUGGUAUUGGCAAAACAACUCUCGCUCGGUUUAUAUAUAAUGAUAGUAGAGUAAAUGAGAGAUUUGACCUCAAAGCAUGGGUUUGCGUUUCGGUGAAUUUUGAUAGUUUUAAAAUAUUUAAAACUAUUCUUGAGGAGGUCAGGUCCGCUAAUGACUUUCAAAACUUGAAUUCUUUGCAAAUUGAAAUUAGAAAGACUUUGGCAGGGAAGAAAUUUUUUCUUGUUUUAGAUGAUGUGUGGAAUGAGAAUUAUAAUGAGUGGGAUGAGUUUCUUAAAGUCUUUAAAUGUGGGGCACGAGAAGUAAAGAUCAUUGUUACCACACGGAGUGAAAGAGUUGCAUCAAAAUUAUGCACGGUACCAACUCAUCAUUGUCUAAAAGAAUUGUCAAAUGACAGGAGUUGGGAUUUAUUUGUACAACAUGCAUUUGGAAAUGGAAAGUUUUGUGCAGACCUUGAGGUAAUUGGCAAACAAAUUGUCAAAAAGUGUAGAGGCCUACCUUUAGCUAUAAAAACAGUUGGGGGUUCGUUGCGUUCAAAUCAAAACCCAACACAUUGGAAAAAGAUUUUGAAGAGUCAUAUAUGGGAUUUACCAGAAGCUAAAACUAAUAUCCUCCCAGCUUUAAGGUUGAGCUAUCAUUACCUUUCAUCGCAUUUGAAGCGAUGCUAUGCUUACUGCUCAAUUUUCCCAAAAGAUCAUGAAUUUGAAAAGGAAGAGUUGAUCUUGUUAUGGAUGGCAGAAGGUUUAUUGCAGCAACCCAAAGAAGAUAGGAGUAUGGAACCUGAAGAAAUAGGUGAUGAAUACUUUAAUGAUCUAGUAUCAAGGUCAUUUUUCCAACAAUCAAAUAAAUCUAAAUCACAUUUCUUGAUGCAUGAUCUUAUUAAUGACUUGGCAAAAUCUAUAUCUGGGGAAUUUUGUUUGAGGUUGGAGAACGAUGAGCCCAAUGGAGUAACAAAAAAGACACGUCAUUUGUCAUAUUAUAGAGCUAACAUUGAUGCCUCUAAGAAAUUUGAGAUCCCUUUUGAGGCUAAAGGCUUGAGAACAUUCUUAGGAGAAAGAUGGUUAUCAUUUCUGUGGUGUGAAUCUAAGGACAUAGUGAAGAUGAUAGAUCAUGAUUUGUUUCAGAAAUUUAAGUGCUUACGAGUGUUAUCAUUUUCUGGUAAAAACAUUAGAGAGUUGCCAGUUUCUAUUGGUAACUUGAAACAUCUACGUUAUUUAAACAUUCGUAACACUAGAAUCAAACACUUACCUAAUUCUUUAUGUAACUUGUAUAAUUUGCAAACCUUGAUAUUGUCACCAUACAUUACUGAGUUGCCGACCAAUAUGGGUAAACUAAUCAACUUGCGCCAUUUGAAUAACAGUGAAAGCAAAAUGAAAAAGAUGCCACCACAAAUGGGUAAAAUGAAGAAUCUCAUAAAAUUACCUAUUUUUGUGGUGGGAAAACAUGAUGGGUCUAGCAUUAGCGAGUUGGGAGAGCUCCAACACCUUUCGGGGAAAUUGACUAUAUUGAACUUAGAAAAUGUUCAUUGCAUUAAUAAAGAUACUAUGGAGGUUAUAUUAAAGGAUAAGCAGGAUCUAUCUAAGUUAGAGUUGAAAUGGGAGCAUGGUCAUGGCACUGAUGAUUCAGAAGAGGAAAGAAAUGUGCUUGAGCAGCUGUGUCCACAUACAAAAUUGAAUUCUCUCACCAUUGAACAUUAUGAGGGCACAAGCUUUCCAAAUUGGUUAGGAGAUUGUUCAUUCUCUAAUAUGGUUUCCAUAGUGCUAAGGAAUUGCAAGUAUUGCUUCUCCUUGCCUCCAUUUGGACAACUACAUGCCCUCAAGGAACUUAAAAUUGAAGGUUUUGAUAGAUUAUUAGGUGUGGGUCAUGAGUUCUAUGGGAAUGAUUCUUCUACAAUUAAACCGUUCAGAUCCCUUAAGUAUUUAAGCUUUAAGAAUAUGCGAGAGUGGCAGGAAUGGAUUAUAUUUGAAGAUGAAGUUUUCUCUUGUCUUCAAUGGCUUCACAUAAAUUAUUGCCCCAAGCUAAGCAAGAAUUUGCCCGAUCAACUUCCCUCUUUGACCAAACUUGAAAUUAGAGAAUGUAAGCAACUUGUUGCUUCAUUCCCUUGGGCUCCUGCUCUCCAUGAAUUGUACUUUGAUGGGAAAGUACAGUUGCCAAGUGAUCGUUACUAUCCAUCACUUGAAAGUAUGAUCAUGAUUGGCGGCUGUGAUUCACUUUGGUCAUUUCCAUUACAAUUUUUCCCUAAACUCAAAUUUAUCGAAAUUUUUAAUUGUAAGAACCUUGAAUCUCUUUCGGCAUCAACAGGAUCUCAUCUAGAUCUUACUUCUCUCACUUAUUUGAAAAUCUCUAGAUGCCCAACUUUUGUAUCUUUUCUUAGUGGAGGAAUCUGUGCUCAAAAAUUGACAGAGAUUGAAGUCUCUAGUUGCAAAAAGUUAAAGUCACUACCCGAAGGAAUGGUCGCUCUCCUCCCAUCUCUUUCGUCUUUGCAAUUGUACAAGUGUCCAGAAUUAGAUUCAUUUCCUAAGGAUGGUUUGCCCUCCAAUUUAAAAACACUUACGAUCCAGUAUUGUGAAAAACUCAUUUCCUGUCGCAAGGAGUGGGGAUUGCAAGCUCUUCACUCUCUGAGAGAUUUCAUAAUUUGGAGUAAAUGCGAAGAAUUGGAGUCCUUUCCUGAGGAGGCGUUACUCCCUCCUACUCUUACCAAUUUCAGCAUCUCAAGUUUUCCAAAUCUGAAAUCACUAAAUGGUAAGGGGUUUCAACACCUCACCUCUCUUCAAAGCUUGACGAUUUGGUCCUGCGAUAAACUCCAGUGCUUACCGGAACAAGGCCUACCCACCUCUCUUUCUGUGCUACAAAUCUUUGGUUGCCCUUUGUUGAAUCAACAGUGUGAAAAAGAAAUAGGGAAAGACUGGCUCAAGAUUGCUCACAUCCCCUAUAUAGAGAUUGAUUGACAUGAUCAGACAACAGGUUCAGUACAUAUCUACUUUGGACUUUUGAAGUGCAAAAGACAGACUUUUCUGGAAAUGAUCAACCUAGGUUUUUAGACACAAAAUGGGAAAAAUGUUGAGGCCAACACUACAAGCAUCUUCUGUUUAGUUCAAGUUUUGAUUGCCAUAUGUACCUUGAUGUAUUGAAGAGCAGAAAAGAGAAUUGUGCCUUAUUGCUUCAGUUUCAGGUUCUAGAUUUGACUGGAAGCAUAUCCUUAAGGCAAUUUAUGGGAAGUCAAUUACGAUUGUGAUCUCUAGAACUUUAUCUUUUUUUAUAAAGAAGGGAAAUAGCGGUACAAGAUUGCUCUCAUCCUUUGCAUACAUAUGAGCAACGAAGUCAUUGUAUGAGCUAAAAUUCCAAUGUGGAACAAACCCUUGUUUUACAAUCAGAAGUAACAUUUUAUUGACCAAUCCCAAGAAGAGGCAUUAAUGUGGUCCAUUGCAGAAUAAGCUUCUUCGUUAUUUAGGGAUGAAACAAUGAUUGUGGCAGACAAAGAAUAGACAAUUAUUUAACUUGGCACCCAUACAAAUUGACAGCCUUCACAAAAUAUAGUUUAGCUCACUACAAGCAAUUGCUAUUCAACUUUUAAAAUGUUCAUGGGAUUGGCAUGAGGAGAUAGGGAUGGCUAUAUUUCUGGGAGCGAACUCCAGGCAAAUCUUAAACGCAUGGAUACAAGGUAACUGCAGCCAACCUCCUUCCACACAGACCGCACCCAAUACUUCCUUUGCAGGUUGGCCCUGACGGCUUGUGUUUACUUUUUUACUAGACAAGACUCCCAAGAGCAAUGGCAAGAAUGGCCACAGGACUCACUGUUUGCUUGUUGAGAGAAGUGAGGUUAGGAAAUUCAGGAGAUAAAGUGUUGUUAAAUGAGUAUUAACUGUGGCAGCACUCCAAAGCUAACCGGAACUGUGGCCAAAUUCUUAUCCAAGUUUCCUUAACAAAUUGGGGCUUUGGACAAUGAUCUUAUUAUUUGAUCUCAACAGGACUCAUUACUCCAGUGCCACCUAUGGCUCCGACAAGUCCAUUACCAACAUGGUAUGAUCCAAAUGCUCGAUGUAAAUAUCAUAUGCAAUGAAGGGGACAUUGGACUUAUGAUUGCUAUUACCUUAAACAUAAGAUUUCGGACCUCAUCGACCAGGACCUCUGGAGUCUGUAUGUUAGCCCCAUUAUUUGUUAGGAAAGAGAGGAUGCAAUAACACUUACACAUUACUAGAGGCAAUGACAUGAUCGAUAUUGAGAGCUAUUGCCAGCUAACCCUAUCUCCAAUAGCUUCUGACAUUCACAAAACUAUAGGCUUGCCACCUCAAUUGAAUGUUACAUUCAGUUUUGCAGACCCACUACGUGCAUGGAGUAUAUUGCUGUUGCACAAACAAGUUGUUUAUCAAAUACAAAAUUUCAUUUUACAGCCAGAUGCAACAAUCUCACAAUGAUGGGCUUGCAAAGACUAUUUGACAUUUUGAAAUUGGUGGUGGAUGUGAAGAUGUGAAGUCAUCCCCUGAGGACAGAGUGCUAUUUUUGGUUGUUCUCUUCCACUCCAGAUGGCUCAAAAGUCUCAGCACUCUUUAUGUCAUUGCUAUGCUCACCAGCAGAAGCUUCCCAAUUCCCUUUUGUACAUCAAGAAUUUUAUAUUGUCUUAUGUCGAGACAAUGGUUUCUAAAAUACAGAAAGAUGUAAAUCUUGCUACUAGCACAAAAGUGCUUAAGCCUUGUUCCUUGAAGGAUCAAAGUCAGUCUUGAGGCUCUCCCAUAUCAGUACCAGACUAGUAGAUUUUCACGCCCAACAAGAAGGUUUCCAACACAAAAUGUGCAACACAUUUGCGGCUUCUAACAGCAGUAGACCAGGCAAUUGCUCCACAUGAUUCAAUUUACUGGCUUGGUUUGAUAUGAGUUCUUCCAAAAAUAUCCCUUAAUUUUUUUUUCUCAUGUUGUACUCUCCAAUGCUAUCAUGUAUUUAGCUUCAUGGGUUUCUUUUAGUUUUUAUUAAAGCAUAGGAAAGCCUAAUGUUUCCUUUGAAAUUAAUACGAGUUAAAGAUUUAAAAAUACUAUGCAGUUUGAAGGCACAGCUAUAGGGAAGUGCCAAUUUUCUUA